CCGAGGCGAGAGGAGAGCGGCGGCGGCGGCGUCUUGGAGCUUAUCACUGUAACAUCACUGUAUGAGAUACUGGACUGACCAUUGUGCGUUUUUGAAAGAUUAUCCAGACUAAUUGUAAUUCAGUUAUAAUAGAUUAGUUUUUAGUUUUUAUCCACCGUGGUGCUUCUGCUCGGCAUGAUGACAGCCCUGUCGCUGCUGGUGAUGGCCGUGUCGGCCGCAUCUGCUCUGGCCGAGUCUGCCGUGUACUGGCGAGAACAAUUUGAAGAUGGGGAUGCCUGGAAGAGUCGCUGGAUUGAAUCCAAGCACAAGUCAGACUACGGCAGGUUUGACUUGACGGCAGGGAAGUUCUAUGGAGAUGCAGAGAAAGAUAAAGGUCUGCAGACGAGCCAGGACGCCCGCUUCUAUGCCAUGUCAUCCCGUUUUGAUGACUUCAGUAACCAGGGCCAGCCUCUCGUCAUCCAGUUCACUGUGAAGCAUGAGCAGAGCAUCGACUGCGGUGGAGGCUACAUCAAACUGUUCCCCUCCGACCUCAACCAGGAAGAAAUGCAUGGAGAUUCUGUUUACAACAUCAUGUUUGGUCCUGAUAUCUGUGGCCCUGGCACAAAGAAGGUUCAUGUCAUCUUCAAUUACAAAGGCAAGAAUCACCUGAUUAACAAAGACAUCCGGUGCAAGGAUGAUGAGUACACACACUUGUACACGCUGAUUGUCAACCCCGACAACACUUACGAGGUCAAGAUCGAUAAUAAGAAGGUUGAGUCCGGCAAUCUGGAGGAUGACUGGGACUUCCUGCCUUCCAAAAAAAUUAAGGAUCCUGAAGCCAAAAAGCCAGAGGACUGGGAUGACAGGGAGAAUAUUCCUGACCCUGAUGAUAAGAAAACAGAGGACUGGGACAAACCUGAAAACAUCCCAGAUCCUGAUGCCAAGAAGCCUGAUGACUGGGAUGAUGAGAUGGACGGAGAGUGGGAGCCGCCUAUGGUCUCCAACCCUGACUAUAAGGGUGAGUGGAAGCCCAGCGAGAUUGUUAAUCCUGCUUACAAAGGCAAGUGGAUCCACCCUGAGACUGACAACCCAGAGUAUACAGCCGACUCAGAGAUCUACAAAUACAACAGUAUCGGGGUCAUUGGACUCGACUUGUGGCAAGUCAAGUCUGGUACCAUCUUUGAUAACUUCCUAAUCACCAACGAUCCAACCAUGGCAGAAGAAGUAGGCAAUGACACAUGGGGUAAAACUAAGGUGGCAGAGAAGAAGAUGAAGGAAAGCCAAGAAGACGAGGAGAGGAAGAAACGAGAGGAGGAUGACAAAUCGAGGAGAGAGGAGGCAAAGGAAGAAGACGAGGAGGAGGAAGAGAAAGAUGAGGAGGAGGAGGAGGAGGAAGAUGAAGAAGAGGAGGAGGGCAUGGAGCAGGAGGAGGAAGAGGAGGACGAUGAAGGCACAGACUCUAAACUUAAGGAUGAGUUAUAAACUCUAUGCAGGAACUGCUCAGAUAAUAACCUUUCUGUCUUUGUCAAUGAGCCAUUGGAACAACUGCAGACUGAGAUGAUGGACCCUUAUGACUGACACCCAAGGGUGGGGUUGGGGUGGAUUGGGUUUUUCAUCUGUGCGUUUGUUUACAAAGCAAGGGAGUAGGUGAAAAGUGGCAAUAAUUGUUCUUUCCCUAUUUCCACUGUGCUACUACUACUACUAUUAUUAUUAUUAUUAUUAAUAAAAUUACUAUUAUCAUCAAAUGAGGACUAGUGAUGGAAAAAAAUGUCAAAACGCAUGUCAGUGCAGGAAAGCUAAAUUGCUCUGCAGUUUAUACCCUUAGACUGUAUAUUCGAAUGGACAGUGUGCUUCAGCUUUCUCCCGUUGAACAGGAUGAAGCCAAAAUAUCCCUGUGAUUGACUCCAACAUUUAGCUAAUUUGUCAUUACUGUGUUAUAUUCACAAUUCUUCCUAAGUUUUUUUUUUUUUUUUAAAGUGACAGCACUGCUGUGCAGUAGAGUUCGUCUGGAAGGGCCACGGUGUUGACGCCAUGCCUCUUCGGCUAACAAAAACACAUUUUUAACUCACCGAUAAAACGGCAAAAAUCCCUUCGGUGGGUACAGUCCACUGCAGAACCGAUUCUUGUGACGGUUUUAAGCAGACACUCCCAGUAAUGGUGUUCAGGGACUCUUGUGUUGGUGUGCGUCACAUUUAUCCUCCCCAUUUUUGCAGUAUUCUGCUAAUUUGGUGCACGUCACAGCAGAAGCCGCAUUGGUCAACAAUGCUGUCAGUCAUGGCAUUUCAUACUGUUUUAUAGCUUCAAAUAACUAAUUAACAAGAAAGAAAAAUUACUUGGACUCAAAAUAGAGUCGUAAUUAUUAUGACGAAACUGGGUCGGAGGUAAAUGUAUCUGAUGGGCUUUUCAAUUUUAAAGUUUGACCCAUGUCCUAUUGGUUAACAUAGAGGAAGCAGGGUUUAUAACCUAUAAUGCUGCCAGUCAGCAGGGGGAGCUCUAAAUCUUCUGGCUUCACUUUAGGCAAGGCUGUCCAUUCCUAAUACAGUAUGUUUAUACCCAACAAAAUCAGUAAAUUGCCGUAUUUGUCCUGCAAAAUCUGGGUUUUAUGAAGAUAGUUUUGAUGACAUGAAAAGCUUUGUUUAGUAUGUGGAUGAUAGCUUGAAAAUGUUUUGUUUACCUCAUGUGUUUACUUUGUGUCAUUAACUUGUGUUGUUAUUCGUUUUUGCAGUCAGUCUGACUCAUUGCACCUGUAAAAGCUUCAUCACUCUCAAAGGAUUCAACAUGGUAUACCAUCAUUAUGCAGGAUAUUUUGCCUACUCUUUUUUAAGUUUCAAACAAGGGUGACAAUAGUGCAUCAGAACUGACUCCAUGUAUUUAACAACCUAUUGAUAAAAAGCUGUUGUGCAUAGAAUUGUAAUAUGUGGUGCUUCAAGAUGAAAUACCAUACAUAGUUUUUUACUGUAUAGUUAACACUUUUACACUUCAAUGCACUUACUGUGGUUUUCUUCUUGUGUGUCUAAAUAAACUGCUCAAACUCAAAUGUACAUGAACAGUGCUCCAUUAGUAAGAUAUCACCUGUUCAUAUGGUUCCCAUUCACUUUGUUUACUCAUUGAUUAUGUGUAUAUGUUUCUAAUAUCCUAUGACAAUAUCACCGCGGUACCCGACAAACUGUCCCAAACAGUGUCCCAAAUAUGUUCUGAAAGAUGGUCCUUUUUUAAAAGACACAUUUUGUACUAAUGGUUAUAAAUGAAGUGGGGAAAAUGUCAUGUUGCUGUAUAAAAAAAAAUAAAGGCAGAUGUGUCCAAAAAGCGGAAGAAAAAUAUCAAAAGUUA